AUGACAGGAAGUGGCUAUCGUAUCCUGGAGAAUCCAAGUAUCGGUCUUCAGAAGUACCGGGCUGCACGGGAGGCUGUGACGUGUCUGCUUGCUACAGCUCUGAUUCACCAUGACCACAUGUUCAAUGCCACUCUGAAGAUCACGCAGAUGCUGCAGCACUUUGAACACGUAGCCCCGGUGUUUGCUCAGGCUGUGAGCCUCUGGGCUACAGAGCAUGGUCUGAAAAGCCUGGUGGGCGAAUUGCUAAGGGAAAUUGGACAGAAAUGCCCACAGGAUCUGGCUCGUGAUGCUUCUGGAUUCAGGGGUUAUGCUGCCUUUAUAACUGAACUGGCUGAGCAGAUUCCAGCUCUGGUGCUGUCCAACAUGAGCGUUCUCCUGCCUUACUUGGAUGGAGAGAAUUACAUGAUGCGAAAUGCCAUUUUGGCGGCUAUGGCGGAAGUGCUGGUGCAGGUACUGAACGGUGACCAGCUGGAGGAAGCUGCCCGUGGUACUCGGGACAAGUUCCUGAACAUGCUGCAGGCCCAUGCCUGUGACAUCCACAGUUUUGUGCGCAGCCGCGUGCUGCAGCUUUUCACUCGAAUUGUCCAGUGCAAGGCCCUGCCUUUGACUCACUUUCAGUCUGUGGUAUCGCUGGCUGUUGGGCGUCUCAAAGACAAAUCUGUGGUAGUAGUUAAAAACGCGAUCCAGCUCCUGGCUGCAUUUUUGUCCAACAGUCCCUUCUUCUGCAAGUUAAGCUGUGCUGACUUGGCUGAGCCACUGAAGAAAGAGGUGCAGAAGCUGCAGGAAAUGAGGGACCGUGUCAGAUCAACAGCAGCUCCAGCGAUUACCCGAGAGGAAGAGUGGGAAGCGAUGCUGCCAGAAGUUAGGGAUGCCACACAGCAGCUCUUCCAGCCACUGCAGGAAGGGGAAGAGGAGGUGCUGGAACUUGAGGAAACAGCGGAGAGUACCUCGGAGCAAAUCACUGGGCUGCUGAGGAAGCUGAACUACAAGAGCGCAGCCCGCCUCACGCAGAAGGCCCUGUGUCACUUCCAGGGGAAGGAGCCCUUUAGUGGCCCUGUGGAGGAAAACGAGGAGGCAACGAUCCUGGCUGUUCUAAAGAGACUUUACACAGGUGAGAACAGUGAGAAUUCUCCACAUGGCAACGAAACUGAAGAAGUUGUACCGGAAGAGCAGCCUCAAACAGAGCUGGUCAAACAGGAGAUGUUGGUGCAAUACCUGCAGGAUGCUUAUAACUUCUCAUUGAAAAUCAUAGAAGCCCUGAGCCUGGUCAGCAAGCUGAUGUAUGAAAACUGUGUCUCAGUGGUGCAGGAGGCCAUUGAGUUCUUUGUGACAGCCUCGCAGUUUGGUGUGUCCCAGGCAAUUCUCGGAGUCCGAAGGAUGCUCGCCCUCAUAUGGUCAAAAGAGCCUGGUAUUAAGGAGGCUGUGCUGAGCGCCUACAGACGGCUCUAUCUGAGCCCCAGCGGGGAUUCGGAGAG